AGAGAAAAAACUCAGCCAGCAGCGUUCAACCAGAGACUAAGCAACAAAGAGGGCAGCAACUUUUUCCACUUUAGAAAGUUACUGAUGCUUGAGAGCUUUCAAUUCAAAGGAGCCUACUAGAUACAUUCACAGCAACUGAAGUUGCUACUUAAACUUGGGAAGAUGAGUUUUUGCAAAACUUUGUGUGCUGUGGUGCUGCUGCCUGUGCUACUAUCAGCACAGUAUCACGGCGACAACGGAAUAGUUGUCCCGGAACAUGGAUUUUGUCAGCCCAUUUCGAUACCUCUGUGCACGGACAUUGCCUAUAACCAAACCAUCAUGCCCAAUUUAGUGGGUCAUUCCAACCAGGAGGACGCGGGGCUCGAGGUGCACCAGUUUUACCCACUCGUGAAGGUACAGUGCUCUCCGGAGCUGAAAUUCUUCCUGUGUUCCAUGUAUGCGCCUGUUUGUACAGUUUUGGAGAAGGCCAUUCCUCCAUGCAGAUCAAUUUGCGAGAGGGCCAAGCAGGGCUGCGAGGCUCUUAUGAACAAGUUUGGCUUUCAGUGGCCGGACCGAUUGCGCUGCGAGAACUUCCCUGUGCUGGGAGAUGGACAAAUCUGCGUGGGCCAAAAUGACUCCUCCGCUGCCACCGUCCCUCCUGUUAUAUCUGCUCCAGGGACUCCGAAUCUGUCCAUAAUCCCCCCACAUGGAAGGACAUUCCGUUGCCCGUCUGUUCUUAGAGUUCCCCCAUAUUUGAAUUAUAAAUUUUUAGAGGAGAAGGAUUGUGCCGCUCCCUGUGAGUCAUCUAAGAUCAGUGGGAAGAUGUUUUUCAGUGAUAAAGAGAUUAAUUUCUCCCGCAUAUGGAUUCUAGUCUGGUCUGUGCUUUGUUGUGCAUCUACAUUAUUCACAGUAACCACUUAUUUAGUUGACAUGCAACGCUUCAGAUACCCUGAGCGACCCAUCAUCUUCUUGUCUGGCUGUUACACUAUGGUCUCCAUUGCCUACAUAGCAGGCUUCUUCCUCGGGGACAGGGUGGCGUGCAAUGACCGCUUCACUCCUAAUGGCUUUAAGACCAUAGUCCAAGGCACCAAAAAAGAAGGUUGCACCAUCCUCUUCAUGAUGCUCUAUUUCUUCAGCAUGGCCAGCUCUAUAUGGUGGGUCAUUCUUUCUCUUACCUGGUUCCUGGCUGCGGGUAUGAAAUGGGGCCACGAGGCCAUUGAGGCUAACUCUCAGUAUUUCCACCUGGUAGCCUGGGCAGUGCCAGCUGUCAAGACCAUUAGUAUCCUGGCCAUUGGGCAGAUUGAAGGUGAUGUGCUCAGCGGCGUCUGCUUUGUGAGUCUCAGCAACCUGGACCCAAUGCGGGGCUUUGUGUUGGCCCCUCUCUUCAUUUAUCUUUUCAUCGGCACCUCUUUCUUGCUGGCAGGCUUUGUGUCACUAUUCAGAAUCCGCACCAUCAUGAAACAUGACGGCACCAAGACAGAGAAGCUGGAGCGACUCAUGGUGCGGAUCGGGGUAUUCAGCGUGCUCUACACUGUCCCUGCCACUAUUGUUAUUGCCUGCUUCUUCUAUGAGCAGGCCUUUCGUCCCCACUGGGAGCACAACUGGGUCAGCAAAAACUGCAGGAGCCUGGCAUUUCCCUGCCCUAUGCAUCCUGGGCCCGACAUGAGACCAGACUUCACCGUCUUCAUGAUCAAAUACCUGAUGACGCUUAUAGUGGGCAUCACCUCUGGUUUCUGGAUCUGGUCUGGAAAGACUCUGCACUCCUGGCAUAAGUUCUACACACGGCUGACGAAUGGCAAACAUGGCAAGACCACUGUGUAAAGUGAAAGCACAUGUCAGUGUUGCUGGGAUUAUCUGUUAUAUUAUCUGUACCUCAUGUAAUAGGUAAGUAGCACAGUGAGUAGCUCUAGCGUUUGUGUUUGCGUCAGCUUUCUAGUCACACUUGCAUGCCAAACUGAGAGUUGUGUUUUUGAGAAAAACACAAGCUGGAUAAACAGACUGAACCUGACUGUCUGAGCAAAUAACAAUCAUGGCUAUGGAUGCCAUGUGCUGAAAUGCUCUUCUCACCCUCUCUGGCUCCUUUCUUAAAGCCACCAUAAACUCUGGGGAGUGAUGAUCCAUCAGCCAAUAAAACUCAGAAUGACUGUUUUUUUUUUGUUGUUGUUGUUUUUUUACUCUUGUAAACAUUUCAUGUACAGUUUAACAAAAUUGUAAAUAGUAUUUGUAAAAACAUGACAUUAUAUAAUUGUAUUUAAAAAGUAAAUACUUUUCCUUAUCUGCUAGUGUAUUCAUCCUAAGGAAUUUUGCACUGUAAGAAUGCCACAAGUCCAGACCAAGACGUGCCUUUUUUUUUUUUUUUUUUUUUGCUGUUUUUUAUUUUCCUUUUUCUGUCAAUUCACGGUUAUAGAUUAGAACAUUGUGUCAUCACUCUUAGUUUACCAAAAACAUGUACGGAGUCUCUGCAGAUAUCAUCAAACAGCAUCACGUAAUGAAUUUUGAACUUGCGGUUAAACAGGAACAGCUUAUUUUGUGUUUUUCAUUCAUCUUUUUUUUUUUUUGCUCUCGUGUGUGUUCAGCAUUGUUCUAACGAUUAAAUUCUGUUGUUAAUAUGUGAUUUUCUUUGAUUAAAGCACAGCCACGUUGUUUUCUCAAGGGGGGGGUUGCAUCACACCUGAACAUCUGUUGCCUCAGACUUGCAAGCAACAGUUAAAGCGAUUAUCGGAAAUCUUCGUGGAAAUUAGCCACUAACACAAAACCAUCCCCCAGGGAAAUACAAUGAAUCAGUGUAUACUGAAGCUGUUAAUUAAACACACUUCUCCUGUUAA